CGGUCACACUGGAUAAAAUCGUCUGCAAGUCCGUUCGACAACAAUUGCGCGGAAAUUCGGGGGAAAAAUUCGCAUGCAAUAAAUUGAAGCGAUGCGCGCCGCCCCAAUCUGUAAUGUGAUUUGUCUUUAGCUAAUUAGCGUACAUCGUACGAUGAAGUGUAGAUAUAUUAAGUGCAAUAGCAACAUCGAAACAGUGCAAAGACGGUCGAAAGACGAGUGAAAAAACGACUCACAAAUAGACACUCAGCAGCCACACAGCGCUGCCACCUGUGUGUGUGUGUGUGUGCGUGUGAGCAUUUUUCGUGUGUAUAAGGAAAACGAGUGCAAUUGAUUUUCGAGCGAGAGUCGAACUCGGAAACCGAGUCCGAGUCCGAGUCUGAAUCGCCAACCCACUCAAAACAAACGGCGGGAAGAAGAAGUGGAAUGUCUGCAGCGGUGGACGGUGCCGCAGGAGGGGGUGGGGGUUCAGCGAACGGCGGCGGCAGCUCUGCCGGUGACAAUGGCGGCAGCACCAACGCAUCGGGCGGAAACGGUGGCUCGAAUAAAACACAUCUACCCCUCACGCCGCGCUUCACACCCGAGGAGAAGGAGGUCCUCUACUCGCUCUUCCACCUCCAUGAGGAUGUCAUCGACAUCAAGCACAGAAAGAAACAACGCAACAAGUACUCCGUCCGCGAGACCUGGGACAAGAUCGUACGCGACUUCAAUUCUCAUCCGCAUGUCAGUGCCAUGCGAAACAUCAAGCAGAUCCAGAAAUUCUGGCUCAACUCGAGGCUCCGCAAACAGUAUCCGUAUCGCGAGAGCUCCUCCGCUUAUAGUGGAGGUGGCGGCGGCGGCGGUGGAGGUGGCUCUGGCAGCGGCCGAGUGGCCAAACAACAGCGCACUGUCGCGGUCAAGGUGGAACCCGAUUUCGUCAUCAGCCCCGAUGAAUCGGAGCCCAAUGCGCAGGGCGACACAUUCGAUGAAAUCGAAAUGGACGCCAACGAUGUCAGCGAUGACAUCGAGGAGGAUCCCAUAGAGGUGCAGCAGCAGCAGCAGCAAGCGCACGCACAGGCCGAGGCGGAGGCUCAGGCCCAAGCACAGGCACAGCAGCAACAGACGGCAGCCGUCGAAAUGCAAAAGAUGCAAAGUGUCGCAGCGGCGGCGGUGGCUGCCGUCAAUGCCAAUAUGCUCAACACCCACCAGAUCAAUGUGGAUCAGAUCAGUGCGGAGAAGCUCACCCUCAACGAUUUGCUGCACUUUAAGACGGCGCGACCGCGCGAGGAGAUUAUACUGCAGAUCAAGCAUCCCUCAGAAGCGACAGCCACACAGAUCCAUACGAUACCCACGCAGGCGCAACAGCAUACCAUGGCCACCAUCACGGCUGGUGGCUACAACCAGCAGAUCAUCAGCGAGAUCAAGCCCCAGCAGAUCACGCUCGCCCAGUACCAGGCCCAGCAGCAGCAACAGGCUCAGGCGCAGGCCCAGGCCCAGGCACAGGCCCAGCAGUUGGCACAGGCCCAGCAGAUGGCGGCCGCCCAGCAGCAGCAUUUGGCGGUUGCAGUGCAUCACCAGCAGCAGCAGCAGGCGGCAGCCGUUGUCGUUCAGCAGCAGCAGCAACAGCAGGCGCAACAACAGCAGCAACAGCAGCAGCAGCAGGCGGCUGUGAAGAUGCAGCUGACUGGCGGUACGCCCACCUUUACAUUCAGCGCCAUGCCCACGGUGACGGCGGCCACGGCAGUGCCUGUGGCAACCGCCACGAUACCCAAUGCAGGCAGUCCCGGCCGCAAUGGAUCGAGUUGCGGCGUCGGGACUGGUGGAUCGACGGCUGGGGAUGGCUACGAGGAGCGAAUGAACUUCUUCAAGGUGCGGGAGGCUGAGCUGCGGUGCAAGGAGCAGCAAUUGACCACCGAAAAGAAGCGCAUCGAGCUGAACAAGGCCCAGGAUGAGCUCAAGUAUAUGCGGGAAGUGCACCGGCUGCGCGUCGAGGAGCUCAAGAUGAAGAUACGCAUUCUGCAGAAGGAGGAGGAGCAGCUGCGCAAGACCAGCAGCUCAUGAGAUGAUCUUCUGGGGGAUGCCAACGUGGGAGUAGCAGCUACAGAGGAAGAGCGCGAAGAACAGAGCAUGGACGAUGAGGAUGAGGAGGAUUACCCGCAUGAGCACGAGCACGAGGAUGAGGACGAGGACGAGGAGUACGAUGAGGAGUAUAUGGAUCGUUUUAUCGGGGGUUUCUAGUCUGUAAGUUUUUACUAUUUGUUCGUCUAAAUGUCCCGCUAGUAGUUAAGAGGAAUUUUUGAAAGGGGGUUGGGAAGGGGGCUGGCCAGCGACAAUCGACCGUCUGGCCAGCCAACUAUCGAUAAUUAUCGAUUAAGCAGCCAUCACUUGAAUGUACAGCGCAAUGAUCUAUCGCACACAUGAAAAAUACAGAAUGGGCGUGGCCAUUCGCAAUCCACGAUGCAACAAAUCCAA